AUGCAGUCCACCAUUGUGUUAGAUGCCGGCUCGGGCAGCGUGAAGGCGGGCUGCAGCAGCGCCAACGCGCCGGCGUUCCUCCCGUCGCUGGCUGGGCGUGCCAAAUACAAGCCGCUGUUCCAGUCAGCGCCCGCGCCCGCUGUGGUGGCAGUUGGCAACGAGAUAGCGGACCGUCGCGGGCUGCUGCACCUCUCGUACCCCAUCCAGCACGGUACCAUUGUUGACUGGGACGCGUGGCAGUUGCUGUUGCAGCAGCUGGAGCAGCGCCUCGACACGCCCUUCGCUGACCGCGACGUGUUCUGGGUAGAGCACCCCUUCAGCUCCCGCCCACAGCGUGCGCGUGUGGCGCAGAUUCUCUUCGAGGAGAAACAAGCCGCCGGCAUGUGCGUUGGUGUUGCACCGCUGCUGUCACUCUACGCCACCGGCCAGACAACGGGGAUUGUGCUGGAUGUUGGCGAAGGCGUCUCCUCCGUUGCGGCGGCGGUGCAGGGGUACGCGGUGACUGAGAUGAUGCAACGCGAAGACUUUGGCGGGGGCGCCGUCACGCAAUACCUUCAGCGCCUCUUGCGCGAGUACGGCAGCUAUAAUACGUGCAGCGGAAACAGCGGUGGUGGCACCAACGCGACGGUCGUGCGCAGCUUUAACCCGUCCCGCUGUGGUGCCGAGCGUGAGCUUGUGCGUGCGAUUAAGGAGCAACGCUGCGAAGUCAGCCCACACCCUGUGCCGACGAGCACAGGCGCUGCGGUCGUUACCGGUGUGGCGGGUGGCGGCGGCGGCAGUAUCGUCCGAGGUGCUGGCGACGCCGACGAGCUUUUUAGCAGCAACAACAACAGCCGCAACGACGCGGCGUUCCUCAACCUCGCCCACGCGGUGGCAACGGCAGCGCCGAAGCGGCACCGGCUUCCAGACGGUACAGAGCUGACGCUGGGCCACGAGUUGCUGCAGGCGCCGGAGGUUCUGUUCAGCCCCGCACUCAUAGGUAAGGAGCACGUGGGCCUCGCCGGCAUCGUCGCCGAUGCGGUACGUGUAGCUGACGUGGAGCUGCGCGCGGAGUUGUGCCAGCACGUCUAUCUCACUGGUGGCACGACUCUGCUGCAGGGCUUCGGCCAGCGAUUCCUCACCGAGCUGCUGCAGCUCACACCGCGCGACUGCAAGGUGCGUGUGGCGGCACCAGCGGAGCGCUCGCACACGGCAUGGCUGGGCGCCGCGUUUCUCGCGCGGCUGUCGACGUUCCAGCAGCAAAUGGUGGUGAGCCGCGCCGCCUUCAUGGAGGAAGGCGAGCGCGCACUGCACGCCCGCCUUGUCGGGUGA